AUGAAAUAAAAGUAAUUACAUAUUCCAGGAAAGAGAUUAAAAUAAUAUGAAAUUGUGAAACUCAUAGGAUCUGGAGGAUAUUGUAAAGUUUAUCAUGUAAAAAAAAAGCAUGUAUAAAAGGCUAUUAAUGUUUAAACUAAUGAGAAUGUAGCAAUAAAAGCUGUGGCCAUGUCUACAUUUAAGAAUCAUGGAGGAUUAGUUGGUUAAUUACAUGAAACAGAAAAAUAAAAUAUGAAAUAAGUUAAUAGUAACUAUGUUAUAAAAUUCAUUGAUGAAUUCUAAUAAAAUAAAUAUUCAUAUAUUGUUAUGGAAUAUUGUAAUUGUAAAACAUAUAUAAAUAAUAAAAGAAGGAGAUAUUGAAAAACAUUGGUUAGAUUAAAAUAAACAUUUUAGUGAAGAAUAAGCUAUUGUAUAUGUGAAACAAAUACUUAAAGGAAUGCAAGAUCUUUAGAAAUCUUAUGUGAUGCAUAGAGACAUUAAAAUGAAGAAUAUUUUAUUACAUAAUGAUUAAAUCAAGAUAGGAGAUCUUGGAUUCAGUAAGUCUACACUUAAUUUUAUGCAUUUAGUAUAACAAUGAU